CAUAAACCUAUAUGAUAGCGCUACCAUUCUAUCCGGCGUUUCAUACACAUACAUAUUGGUUAGGUGCAACAUGGGGAAAAGGACAACUGGCGACAGGCGGAGGAGCAUCCGCUUUUAGCAGAGAAGGGAAAGGGUUGCGUUGCGUUGCCCUGAAAUGGAACCUCCGCCUUGGACUCCACCGCCGCCCAGUCCUCUUCCCGAUCAUCAUUCACCCCGACCAUCAAUUAAUCAUGUCCGUCCGAUCUCGAUCUCCUUCUUGAACCUCCUUUUGUCUUUCACCUUGCUGUGUAAUUGUUCCUCCUCUUCCCUCACUGCUUGUAGAAGCAAGACGUUCCGUAUCGCAUGGCUGGCCAAGUACGGAUCGUCGGUUCCACUUAUCGAGCUUCCUGGCUCUCAACCCCCCUCAGCGAUAGACAGUCAUCGCCUUCACGACCACCACUUUCUACUCGAUUACCUACCUCUUUCGUGACCCACGCAAUUACGGGCUUGUCCCAAUGAUGGCUGGGGAAUCAUGGACGGGGGUCUGCGUGCACUGCGCUGAGAUCCUGGCGAAUGUCCCCCCACAGAUUCUCCUCGCGACGAUCGCUGCAACGCUGCUGGGGUUCCUCGUUUUGGUACCAAUUGCCAU